AUGGCCGCCGCGAAAGGCAUGCUCGACGAGCUGCACGGCAAUCCACAAACACCUCCUUCUCAAACAGACACAAACUCAUACCUGCUGGGCAAGAUACACGCCCACAAUGUCGUGAUCGCAUGUCUUCCACGCGACGAAAUGGGUCCGGCUUCGGCGGCGCUCGUGGCGGCGCAUAUGCUAAGCACGUUUCCGCGGAUCAAAACGGGUCUGGUGGUUGGUGUUGGCGGCGGGAUACCGCACCAUGAAGGAGAGGUCCAAGACAUCCGACUCGGGGAUGUUGUUAUUAGCAGCGACGCGAAGUCGGGAGGUGUGGUGGCGUAUGAUACCGGGGAGCGGAAGCCAGAUGGGACGCUGGAUUUGGUGAGCGGAGGGGAGAGGCUGAGUCGACCGCCGAGGGGGUUGCGGACGGCGGUGAGUCGGUUGGAGAUGGAACAUUUCACGAGGAAGAGUGCGAUCCCUGGAUACGUGGAGGAGAUGUUGGAGAGAUAUCCAGUUAUGCGGAAGAAGGGUUUUGGGUAUCCCGAUGGAGCGGAGGAUGUGUUGUUUGAUACUGGGUAUGAUCAUGUUGCUGGGACGAGGUCGUGUGCGAGGUGUGUGGAUGCUGGGAAGAAGGAGGGGAGGAUUGUUGAGCGACCUCUACGACAGGAUAGGAGUCCUGUGGUGCAUUAUGGCAUGAUUGUGUCGGGGUCAACUGUCGUGAAGCAUGCGCCGACGAGAUUGAUGAUCGAACAGGAGCAUAGGGCUAUCUGUGUUGAGAUGGAGGCUGCAGGCAUCAUGAACUACUUCCCUUGUCUGGUCAUUCGAGGCAUUUCGGAUUAUGCAGACUCGCAUAAGAACGAUCGGUGGAAGGCAUACGCAGCCGCGACGGCCGCUGCAUGUGCGAAGGAGCUGUUGGAGUAUGUGCCUGUCAAGGCGGGAAUUACAAAAGGCAUACAAGAUGAGACAAGACCAGAGCUUCUCCCCAGAACAAACACCGAAGAGACCUUCGCAUCUACAAACGCAACGGUAGUUGCUGCUCAGGAAGGCAACUCCAACUCUAAAAUUCUAUCAUGGAUAGCGGAGCUAGAUGCCCUAGCGCAGCAGAACUAUCUACUCGAGAGACGGAAGGACAGUAUCACCAUGUCGAUGCUGCAGUAUCACACUUUUCAGAGAUGGGUCGGACAGCCGAGAAGGAGCGUAGAUCUCUCUCACGCUGUUAAUACAAGAGAGCUCGUGAGAGUCGAGGUUCUUUGGCGCCUGUGA